UUGUAGUUACCCUCGCUGCCUUCCGACGGGCGUGCAGCGUACGCAAAUGAGGGUCACGUGUUGCCGUUUGAUCUUAUCCACGGCGCUAUCGUGCGGUAGUCAGGCUUUCGCAGGUUCGCAGGCGUCUGCAAACAAAAGAGCAACUGUUUUCUGCCGUCGCAGGAAGCGAUGGUGGGGGGCGGAAGGCUUCGCGAGAAAGCGGAGACAAGCUAUUGAUUGAACCUCUCCAACAACCGAGCGUUCGAGUCGAGAUCUCUCCAUCGUCGCCUUCCGUUUGCUCUCCCUGCGCCGAUCCGAAAUCUCAAUCUCAAUCUCAUCUCGCGUCGACGGAAGAGCAAACGCCGAUCUUUUUGCGCCGAGAUCGAUUAGAUCCGCCGCUCGUGUGCCAGAUCUAAUUCCGCUUCAGGGAGUAUUUUCGAGGUUGGAAGGUUUUAUUAGGGUUUCCAUUAAAUUCUUCUUAGAAAUUCUUCUUGCUUUCGGGAUAAUUCUUUGAUAAUUUUCUCGGUAGAGCUUGCUUUCUUUUUUCACGAAUUCGGAUCGGGAUUCUCGAAGAAAAUUUGAGAUAUUGUGGAGAUCUGGGAAUUCCGUUGCUUGGAGUUAGAUAUUUGGGCAGAAGAAAUUGGAAAUUUUUGGCCGUUUUGAUUCAAUGAUUGAUUGGAAGAAAGAUGGAAAAUUGGAGAUCUAGUUUGAUAAAUUGGAUUGUUUCAGAUGGAGAAAUCUUAAUUGCUUCCGAUUAGAGGGGGCGUGACCGCAGAAUCUAGGGUUUUGUGGGUUCUUUUUACCGUACGAAGAAGUCAUGUUCUACGGGGCGUUGGUAUGGGAUCCAUGGCUGAUCGUGUCUCAGAUCGUCUGCCUUCAGUGUUUGUACUACCUGACUCUCGGACUGUUCAUGGCCAUUCUCGUUGGCACUCGCGUGUCCAGGUUGAGCCUCAUGUAUUUCUUCGAUUUCUCAACUCUUACUGCUUCCACGGUCACUGGGUGGUGCGCGAUUGUUUCAUUUCUUCUCAGCUCUCUUACCGGGGCAGGUUACUUACUUUAUCUGAUCGAGAGAGCCAAAAAAUGUUUAGAUUUUUCGGCUACCCUCUAUAUCAUUCAUCUCUUUAUAUGCAUCAUUUAUGGAGGAUGGCCGUCCUCCAUCACAUGGUGGGUUGUUAAUAUUACCGGAUUGGCAUUGAUGUCUUUGCUUGGAGAAUGGCUGUGUAUCAGACGUGAAUUACGAGAAAUUCCUAUUACACGACUUCGUUCAAAUGUUUGACCACAAAAUUUGGAAGAGAACAGUUACGCUUCAUACUUUCUUAUAGCCAGCCCAUUCUAAAUAUCCUUUUCGUGGAAAUGUCACGUUAUGAUUAGGUACGUCAACGGGGCGGAUACUGUCGCAGCUUUGAAGAUCUUUAGUGAUUUCAAUGUUGGAACGUUUUGGGACAUCAAUUUAUGGAGAAGCAGACGAUUCCAAACUGUAGAGUUGCAUCGCGGAAUCUACAUGUUUAUUAUUUUUUACCUAAUCCUGCGAUCGUCCUUCUAUUGGGAACUUUCGCAAGAAUGUUUGGGCUUUUGGCCAAUAUGAAAAUUUAUAUUAAAAAUCAACUAGUUUGUACUUCAGCCCCUCCUUUUUGAUAUAACUGAACGCGUGCGUGGAUUUUGCUUAUCUUUCGUUAAUUGUCUUGCAACAGUAGGUGGUCACAGGCAGUAGAACUCACCUUUUUGUGUACCAAAGUUGGCAAUUUGCCAUCUAUACAAGUAGACAAAAGGCCAUCAUUACAGA